CCAGAGGCUUCUCCAAGACACGCCCAGAAACAAGGGCGACCGUUGGGGCUGAAAGUCAACAUGGCGGCUGCCUCGGUGCGGGCCAUUGGAAGCAGCCUGGGCCGGAACCUCAAGGAAAUACGGAUCCACCUUUGCCAGCGCUCGCCGAGCAGUCAGGGCGUCAGAGAUUUCAUUGAACAACACUAUGUUACUUUAAAGAAGGCAAAUCCAGAGUUUCCUGUUCUGAUUAGAGAGUGUUCAAAUGUGCAACCAAAGCUCUGGGCUAGAUAUGCAUUUGGCGUAGAGAGGAGUUUGCCCCUGAACAACCUAAAUGUGGACCAAGUUGCCAAAGCGCUGGAGAAUGCUGUUAAUAACAGGCUAUAAAGAUACUGCAUAGUCCUGCAUUUAAAUCUAGAUGUAGAUGUAUGUAACUUAUGUAUUAAAGAAAGUAUUUCAGUCCA